AUGCCUCAUCAUCAUCAAGAAAAUGCUUGCACACAAAAAGAUAUCACUCUUGAUACUCCUAAUACACUUUAUUCGAAUUCAUAUGCAGUUGUUGUAUCAUCAAUAACAUUAAAUGAUGCUGAAUGGAAUGAUGUUGUUAGUCAUCUAUUUGAACUUCAUCCAAAUGCUCAAAAAUUCGUUUAUUCGGACAAUGAUAUAUUAUCAAUACGUUCAGAUUUACAAACCUUAAUGCCACGUUAUGUUGCAUUUGUUUGUCAACCGAAUGAAUGCGGACGAAUUUUUGUAGCUAAAUGUCAUUGUUUAAUGCGUACACUCGAUGAUGAUCCAUAUAUUGAUGCAAUGUGGGCAAUUAUAACUGGUAUUGAUGCUGAACAUGCAUUAAAAUCAAUCGAUAAUGAAUCCAUAUCGCAACCAUUUAUUAUUCAACGAUCAAUUAAUUUUACAAAUAUUGAUCAAAAUUUAUUUGAAACAUGUUUUACAUUUUCUGAUGCAAAACAAGGUUGUUGGUACGGAAAAAAUUGUAGUUUAGAUAAUGGUAGUGGAGAAGAAAGAAAUCAAGGUGAAGAAUAUCCAAGAGCACCAGCACUUAUAUUUACAGAAAAAUUAAAUGAAAUCGAACCUGAUCUAUUAAUUACAAGUGGUCAUGGUACAGAGCAGUCGAUUGAAAUGCCAUGGUCUCUAGGAAAAUUAGAAGUUCAAGAAACUUAUCUUACACCUCUCGAUAAUAACUCACAACCAGUUGCACCAAUUAUUAAGAUAUCAGCAAAUCCAAAAAUUUUCUUACCAAUUGCUAAUUGUCUUGUUGGACAUUGUAAUGGAUCUCAAUGUAUGGUAACAAUAUUUCUUGGUCGAAUGGGUGUUCGACAAAUGUGUGGUUAUACAGUUCGAACUUGGUUUGGUCGUGCUGGAUGGGGAACACUUGAUUUAUGGAAAAGUAUACCUGGUCGAUUGACUUUAGCUGAUGCAUAUUUUUUACAUCAAGCAUGUAUGACAUAUAAUUUAAAAUCAAUUGAUUCACGAUAUCUUGAAUUUAAAUUUGAUGUUAGUGAUGAUGAUCCUUGUUAUGAAACUAUUGUUGAACAACUUGAAAAACAAUAUCAUUUAGAAAAUGAGACAAUAGAUGAUAAAGUUCUUGAGCAAAUCUAUGGUUUAUGUUAUGAUCGUGAUACAUUUGUAUUUUAUGGUGAUCCAGCUUUCAUAGCAAAAUUAGAUGAAAAUAAAAAUAAAGAAUUAUUAACAACAAAAUUUUUACGUACAAGUGAAACUACACAUCAAUUUAUUAUUGAAUAUAAAGAUAUUAAUGCAGCACAAAGUUUUUCACUUCCUAUUGGAAAUUUAUUUACUAAUCGUAUUCAAGAUUAUAAAAUUCUUAAUGGUUUUGAAUAUGAACCAAUUUUAACAGAAAAUUUUCUUAUUAUACUUAAACCAACACCACUUAAUAAACAAAGUACAAUUAUUAAAAUUGAUUUUUAUGGUGUAUUACUUAAUUAA